GAAAUAAGAAUAGAAUUUUGCGUGGUAUUAAUAGAGGAAAAUUCGCAAAAAAACAAGUUGUUCUUCGAAUGGAAAAUGCCCAAAAAUCAUUGGCAGAUAAAAGGUUAUGUGAGACCAAAAAUUGGUUCGACAAAUGCAAAAAUGUCAUAGAUGGGCGAAGAAUUGUUGACUUGGCUCAUUUAGCAGCAGAACUGUGGUGCAAAGAGUGCAAUUUACCAUUAUCGUUAAGAUAUGCUACUGAUGAAUUCCGAUCAGGCCUUGCUAGUAUCAUCACAGUAAAAUGUACAAAAUGUGGGAAUAGUUAUAAGGUCACGACCAACGCAGAAGUGCCUGGUGAUGCUCAUAUGUACUACACCGUAAACCUGAAGGCAGUUAUGGGAAUGAUUGAUGCAGGUAUUGGAGAAACCCAUCUCAACACAAUUUUAUCAGCGUUAAAUAUACCACCCUUGAACCCAACAGUAGUGAAAAGACAUGAGAGAGUUGCGGGCCCUGCAAUCGAAAGCAUAGCCAAAGACAGUUGCAGAGAAGGUCUUCAAUUAGAGAAAAAGUUGACUUUGAGUGCUUUACAGGAAGAUGAUAAGUGAGUGUUUUAGCAGAAGUUUAUAAUUAUCGAGCAUAUCAAAUUGAAUCUGUAUUUGUAACUUUAUG